GGCGCGGGCAGCGGCGGCGGCGGCGGGCGCGGGCCCAUGGCGCGGGGGGCCGCGGGCCGCGGGGCCGGGCUCCUGGCGCUGACCUUGUGGCUGCUGGCGGCGCGCGGGGAGCUGCCGCAGCCCCAGGAGACGGUGACGGUGCAGCUGAGGUGCGGCGCGGGGCCGCUGCGCGUGGUCCUGGGCCCCGGGCAGGCCGCGGCGCUGGACUGCGGCCUGGGGACCGUCGCCGCUGCCCCCCCGACCCACGUGACGUGGAGCAAGGACGGCGGCGCCCUGCCAGAGCACGAGCACCUGCACCUGCUGCCCAACGGCUCCCUGUGGCUGGCCCCAGCCCCGGGGCCCAACGGCACUGACCAGGCAGCCCCUGCGGGCGUCGAGGGCAGCUACUCGUGCCUGGCCCACGGCCUCGGCGGAGCAGUGGCCAGCCAGACCGUCCUUGUCCAGCUUGCCACACUCCCAGAUUUCUCCCAGCACCCGGAGCCUCAGGCGGUAGAGGAGAACGGGACGGCCCGGUUCUCGUGCCACACCGAGGGGCUGCCCGAACCUGUCAUCACCUGGGAGAAGGACCAGGGGGCAGUGCCAGAGGAGCCCCGAUUCAUCACGCUCCCCAACGGGGUCCUUCAGAUCCUGGACGUUCAGGAGCAGGACGCGGGUGCCUACCGAUGUGUGGCCACCAACUCAGCCGGCCAGCACUUCAGCCAGGAGGCCUCGCUUGAGGUGACCCGCGGAGGACCCCCGGUGUCCACCAGGGGGCAGGACGUGGUCAUCUUGGCCGCCCCAGAGAACACCACGGUGGUGUCCGGCCAGAGUGUGGUGCUGGAGUGCGUGGCCUCAGCUCACCCCACCCCCUUCGUUUCCUGGGUCCGUCAGGACGGGAAGCCCAUCGCCACGGAUGUCAUCGUGCUGGGCCGCACCAACCUGCUCAUCCGCAGCGCGCAGCCCGAGCACUCGGGCGUGUACGUGUGUCGCGCCAACAAGCCCCGCACGCGCCACUUCGCCGCGGCGGCCGCGGAGCUCCGCGUUCUGGCGGCCCCGGCCAUCUCGCAGGCGCCAGAGGCGCUGUCCCGCACGCGCGCGAGCACUGCGCGCUUCGUGUGCCGCGCGUCCGGGGAGCCGCGGCCCGCGCUCCGGUGGCUGCACGACGGGGAGCCGCUGAGGCCCAACGGGCGCGUCAAGGUGCAGGGUGGCGGCGGCAGCCUGGUCAUCACCCAGAUCGGCCUGCAGGACGCCGGCUACUACCAGUGCGUGGCCGAGAACAGCGCGGGCACGGCGUGCGCCGCCGCCCCGCUGAACGUGGUGGUGCGCGAGGGGCUGCCCAGCGCCCCCACGCGGGUCACGGCCACGGCGCUGAGCAGCUCCUCCGUGCGGGUGGCCUGGGAACGACCCGAGCUGCACAGCGAGCAGGUCAUCGGCUUCUCCCUCCACUACCAGAAGGCCCGGGGGGUGGACAAUGUGGAGUACCAGUUUGCAGUGAACAAUGACACGACAGAACUGCAGGUUCGGGACCUGGAACCCAACACGGACUAUGAGUUCUAUGUGGUGGCCUACUCCCAGCUGGGGGCCAGCCGCACCUCCAGCCCCGCGCUGGUCCACACGCUGGACGAUGUCCCUAGUGCAGCCCCCCAGCUAUCCCUGUCCAGCCCCAGCCCCUCGGACAUCAGGGUGGCGUGGCUGCCCCUGCCCCCGGACCUGAGCCAUGGAGAGGUGGUGAAGUACAAGAUCGAGUACGGUUUGGGAAAGGAAGACCAGAUCUUCUCCACCGAGGUGCCUGGCAAUGAGACGCAGCUGACCUUGACCUCACUGCAGCCCAACAAGGGGUACCGAGUCCGCAUUUCGGCCAGCACUGGUGCCGGCUACGGGGCCUCCUCGCAGUGGACAGAGCACCGGACACCCAGUGGACACAAUCAGAGCCUGGUCCCGUUUGCUCCAGCAGAGCUGAAGGUCCGGGCGAGGAUGGAGUCCCUGGUGGUGUCUUGGCAGCCGCCCCCACACCCCGCCCAGAUCUCUGGCUACAAACUCUACUGGCGGGAAGUGGGUCCUGAAGAGGAAGCCAAUGGGGAGAGUGGCCCUGGGGGCCGCCAGGACCAGGCGUGGGACGUGGGGCCUGUCAGGCUCAAGAAGAAAGUGAAGCAGUAUGAGCUGACCCAGCUGGUGCCCGGCCGGCUGUACGAAGUGAAGCUGGUGGCAUUCAACAAGCACGAGGACGGCUAUGCUGCCGUGUGGAAGGGCAAGACGGAGAAGGCGCCCACGCCAGAUCUGCCUGUCCCAAGGGGGCCGCCCCUGCCGCCCGCCCAUGUCCAUGCAGAAUCUAAUAGCUCCACGUCCAUUUGGCUGCGGUGGAAGAAGCCAGAUUUCACCACGGUGAAGAUUGUCAACUACACGGUUCGCUUCAGCCCCUGGGGGCUCCGGAACGCCUCCCUAGUCACCUACUACACCAGCUCCGGAGAAGACAUCCUCAUCGGCGGCCUGAAGCCCUUCACCAAGUACGAGUUUGCAGUCCAGUCCCACGGGGUGGACAUGGAUGGGCCCUUCGGCUCCGUGGUGGAGCGCUCCACCCUGCCAGACCGGCCCUCGACGCCCCCCUCCGACCUGCGCCUGAGCUCCCUGACGCCGUCCACGGUCCGGCUGCACUGGUGCCCCCCGACGGAGCCCAACGGGGAGAUCGUGGAGUACCUGAUUCUGUACAGCAGCAACCACAGCCAGCCCGAGCACCAGUGGACCCUGCUUACCACCGAGGGCAACAUCUUCAGUGCAGAGGUGCAGGGCCUGGAGAGCGACACCAGGUACUUCUUCAAGAUGGGAGCGCGCACCGAGGUGGGGCCUGGGCCCUUCUCGGGCCUACGGGACGUGAUCACGCUGCAGGAGAAGCCAGCAGAUUCGCUGGACGUGCACUCGGUCACCGGCAUCAUCGUGGGCGUGUGUCUGGGCCUCCUCUGCCUCCUGGCCUGCAUGUGUGCCGGCCUGCGCCGCCGCCCCCGCAGGGAGGCUCUCCCAGGCCUGUCCACCACCACCACCACCGGGAACCCGGCGCUCUACUCCCGAGCCCGGUUCGGCCCUCCCAGCCCCCCAGCUGCUCACGAGCUGGAGUCGCUGGUGCAUACCCGUCCCCAGGAAUGGUCCCCCCCGCCCUCGGACAUCGAGGACCCCGCCGAAGUGCACAGCCUGAUGGGGGGUGGCGUUUCCGACGGCGGCGGCCGGGGUCACUGCAAGAGAAAGAUCUCGUGGACUCAGCCAGGCGGUCCCAGCUGGGCAGGUGCCUGCGCGGGCUGUGAGCUGCCCCCAGCGGGCCCCAUGCCCACCCUGACCCGGGCCCUGCUGCCCCCUGCGGGCACCGGGCAGACGCUCCUGCUGCAGGCGCUGGUGUACGAUGCCAUCAAGGGCAACGGCCGGAAGAAGGUGCCUCCAGCCUGCAGGAACCAGGUGGAGGCCGAGGUCAUCGUCCACUCUGGCUUCAGUGCAUCCGAAGGGAGCCCUGAGCUCCCCCUUCAGGACCUGGUGGACCCUGCCGACCCCCCUCCUCUGGACACUCCGGCCCUCACCCCGGGCCUCGUGGACCUCGGGCCAGCAGCAGCGUGGCUGGACCGGGAGCUGGGAGGGUGUGAACCAGUGAGCCCCGGGCCAGACAGACUCAGCUGCCUGCCAGAGGCCCCCAGCGCGCCCUGCCCCUACGUGGCCCCCCAGACUGGCGAGGCGCAGCAGGAGGCCCCCGGAAGCAGUUGCCCACCUUGGACCCCCUGCCCGCCCGGAGCCGCCUUCUCCUCUUCUACUUAGCUUCUCCAGGGGGCGCAGUGGGGGAGGGGGCAGGCUGGUUGGAUGUGACAUAUGUAGCCAUGCGUGCACGCACGUGUGACAUGCAUGUGACACACGUGUGCCUGCAGAGGUCAUCUGGGGGCUUCUGCUGGGAAGAGGGAGAAAUGGGUGACCGGCCCCCCCUUCUCUGCGGCACCGGGACACCGAGCGGCUCCGGCCCGCUGCAGAGCGGAGAGGUGUGGGCCCCGCUCACCUUUUAUUACACACUCUGCGAGUGUCUCCAAUGCCCUGUCUGACAGACAGCCUGCCCCGUCCUGGCCGGCCCCCCUCACCGCCGUGUCCCUUGGCCCGGCUCGGCUGUCGAGCCGCUCUGCAUUUCAUGUGGUAACUCGGGAAGUGCCUGGUUUCAACGCUCAGAGUCCCCUCGGCGCUGCUCCCCGCCCCGCGCUGUCCCCAGCCGCCUAGCAUGUGCUUCUCCCGCCUGGCUUCCGUCUCUGCACCGCUCCGGGACAACAUGGCUACCUCAUGUCUGCUUCGAGGCCAUAGCGUGACCCCGUGUCCGCCUUCAUCCCCUGGUCCCCUUUUCUCUCUGUGCCUCCAUGCCCUGCCCUGGCCACCCGGCGCCCCUGCCUGCUCCACUGGCCCCUCCCCGCCCGAGGAUAAGAUGGGAUGGGGGGGUUUCUCCUCGGAGGUGAUGCAUUGACUCCCCGCUGCGACAUUUCCAGUCUGGGAAGGGAAGGGCCCAGGAGAAGAGUCCCGGGCCGCUCCCCCUGACUUCCCACACUGCACCCCCAUCCCACAGGCUGGCUGGGGGGCAGCCGGCUCCGCUCAUCUCGGGUUUGGGCUUUGGGUUUUGCGUUUGGAGUCAGUCUGAAGUUCGGUUCUGUGGAGGGGCUAUCCAAGGACAAGCUGGGUUUCUGUCUCCUGUGUCCAGGACACAAUGCCAUGCGGUUCUCUGAUUUUGCACCCCGCAUCUCUGACUCUGACGGGAGCCCUUUCCUCCUGACCUGCCAUUCCUCUUUUGUUUUGUAAACUGAUCGGCACAUUGAGGGUUAACUCCGGCUUUCCGGGCCAAAUUAGAAACCACCGGUCUAGUCUAUCCUUCACUUUAUUAUUAUUAUUUUUUUAAUGGUGAAUGUCUCUCAGAGUUGCUGCCUCCUCCUCGGGGCCCUUUCUGCAUCUGCGUUUAUUACACCCGCGUGUCACUCACAGUUGACACUCGCACUCCGGCUCUGGCUCCUCCCCUCCCCCUUCCCUGCAGCCUGUGAUAGCACUAAAGAUUAUUAAUGUGGGGUUUGUAUCUCGUUAAGAACGGGAUUGUCACUGGCGCUGUUUCUGCCGCGUUCGGCGUGCUGGUGUAUAGGUUUCAGCGUUGCUCUGAAGGUCAAAAGCCUCGUUUUAUUUUGCUGGUUUGAUUUUCUUUUUUUUUUUUUCUAAAGGGGGGAGCAAAACCUGUCCUGAAUCAAAUGGCUAUUUUAACAGGAGGCGCUUAGCAUUACGCCACGUAGUCAUUUUUCAUGUUCUUGUUUAACAGGCACUGAGGUUCUGGUUUAAAUUAAAUAGCUGCAAAUGAGACAAUUUAUAACCCAUUAGGUUGGGUGGAAAAUUGUUUCUCAAAAGCAAAUAAGUAAUAAAUCUGGUAUCUGCCUAUAACUCACAGUUGAUAAGAAAGAGGCCGUUACUUACUAGCCCUAUAUAUGAUUUGGGCUUCAGGUAAUUUGGGAAGUGUUAGGUUUGUGUCUCUGUAGCAGUAUUUUUUAUUAGAAAAGUCUAUUGGCCUUUUACAGUGUCUUAAUCCAUUGUCACCUACCAUUGAUGCCUUACGUUUUUUGAGUCUUUUAAACCUUCCUUUUCUUGAUGCAUGGCAAAUAUAACUGGCAAUCUGUUCAUUUAUUUGUAUUUAGUUGAUGCCAUAUUAUUUAAUUCCUUUCCUGGCGCUUGUUCUCCUUCCAAAUAUGCUUUUCUUUAGUGUUAAGCCAAGGCAUUGUUCAUGUAUCUGUCCCUAUAAUGAAAUAAUAAACCGUUUUCCAAAAA